AUGCCAGAAAAGAAAGUCAGGAAAGACAAAAACCAGGAAGAAAUAUCAAUACAAGCUAAAGAAAGUAUGAUUACAGAGCACUAUCUUGCAAAAUGCCUGAGAAGCAGACAGGAUAUGAAACUGCCUUUUGCAGGGUAUUUGGAAGAGAAAGAAGUGAAGACCAAAAUGAGCUGCUCCUCCAGGGCUGGGCUGGCUGUCUCUGUAGGCCCCAAAGACAGGAAGCUGUGCAAAGGGAAACAGGCAGCAUGUAUUGGGGCUGGAGCCCCUGUGUGUCUGGCUCCUGUGCUCCAGUACUCGACAUAUGAGGCUGUAGACAUGGACAAGGAAAUUUCAGAGCAAAGCAAACCAGCACAUUUCUCCAUCGCAUAUUCUCCAGACUGUAAAAAGAUACUCUGA